UAAAACAAAGUAGCCUUUGAAAUCAACUUCCACCAGUUUCCAGCCCAAGUUCCUAGCAAGAGACGAACAAUUUUCAUUCUAAUUUCAACCGUUGGACCGGAAGGAUCCCAAAUACUUUAUUUUGUUAUAAACAGUGUUCAUCUGAAUUUUUUUGCGGUCUGGAUUUCAUACGAAAAUUGUCGGCAUUUGCGAAGAUGUCAUUGCCACGUGUUUAUUUCGACAUAGCUGCUGGCGAUGAGAAGCUGGGCAGGAUUGUAAUGGAGCUGCGCACAGACGUAGUGCCGAAGACUGCGGAGAACUUUCGGGCCUUGUGCACCGGUGAAAAGGGAUAUGGCUACAAGGGCAGUCCCUUCCACCGCGUCAUCCCGAACUUUAUGUGCCAGGGAGGUGACUUUACCAACCAGAACGGUACGGGCGGACGUUCGAUCUACGGGAACAAGUUCCCCGAUGAGAAUUUCGAGCUGAAGCACUCUGGUCCCGGCGUACUCUCAAUGGCGAACGCCGGAGCCAAUACCAAUGGAUCGCAGUUCUUCAUAUGCACCGGGAAGACCACCUGGCUGGAUAACAAGCAUGUUGUCUUUGGCAAGGUGGUCGAAGGUAUGGAAAUCGUCCAGAAGGUCGAGUCCUAUGGAUCCAGCAAUGGAAAGACAAGCAAGAAGAUUAUCAUUGAUGACUGUGGCGCCCUUUAAAUUGGAGCAGCCCGUCCAAGUUUUGUUCUUGUUUGAAGUUUAAGUUUACCAUUUGGGAGCACACGAAAACACAAAUACAACACUUGUACUCAUCCUUAGACUAAGAUAUCCCAAUACAAAGACUUAGACUUACACUUAAAGGCUCUCUUACACAUACAAGCUCUCUUACCCUUAUGUAAUAAUCACAUUGACUGCCACUACUAUACACAUAGACCUUUUCCUGCCCUGUAACAUUGCCUAAAAGCGUUGUUCUAUUAUAUUAUACACUUGAGAGAAAUAUAUAUAUAUAUGUUGCACAUUAUGAAGAAGCAAAA